GUUGAUAAGAGGCAUCCCGAAUGCUUGAGUCCCGUAUGGGUAAUUGUGGAACCAUCACAUUGGACUUGGAAACCGUGCGUGAAUAGUUGCAGAUUAACAAUAAUUUAGCCUCUGAGUGUAUGAGGCAUGGAACAGGUCCAUGAAGGGAACACUUCUAACCAAGAAAAGAUGACAUUAAAUAUUCAAAACUUCACUCUGAGCACCAGAAAGGAAUUGUCACAAGAUGAGAAUGUAUCCGAAAUAAAAGACCAAAAGAAAAUGAAGCAAACAGAGCGCCAGCUAAAAUGCUUAGCAUUUCAGAAUCCUGGUCCACUGCUGGCUGAAUUCAACCCUGAGACCAGAUUACAGACAAAAGAAAUUCGCAGGACAAAGUUAAGGCAGCUAGUCUUCGAAAGCAACACUGUAUGGCAGAGGAAAUACGACAAUACUGGCCGACUGCUAUUAAGCGGAAUAGACCUUUGUGAUUGUCUGGAUGAAGACUGCCUGGGCUGUUUCUAUCCCUGCUCCAAAUGCAGUUCAUGGAAAUGUGGCUCUAUAUGUCGAUGUAACCGCAAGUGGAUUUACGAUGGAAUUGAAACUGAAGGAAGUGAUAUUUUGCCUGGGGUCAGUACAUAUGUGAGCAUUAGAGAAUCAAAGAUAGAUCCUUGUAGAGUUCCGACCAAUCUUGGUGCAGGAUUAGGAAGUGAAGACAUUGUAGCAAAAGCAUUAGCUCCAAAUCAACUUCAUUCUCUGAAUGAAAUUGGCAAAUGA